GGAACGAAGCGCAAAUCUCUGUCUUUGGCUUCACGUGGGAACACGAUCGACGAAUGACGCGAUCAAGCUGCUGGAGGAAAACAUUGGCAUGGCGGCUGAAGGAAUCUGUUGCGCGCCCGAGACUCGUCGAGGUACUGGAGGAUGCUCCCCUUGUAUGCGAGCUGGGAGUUUGGCCUAUCGAUGGCAGAUCUUUUUCGGUAUGCAAAGGAUAGCGGCGGCAUGCUUCAGGUUUUCCAAGCAGAGCAGAGCAUUCAUCGACGUCCCUCCCUCUCUCUCACCGUAACGAGUCGCAGCUGCGAAUGCAUGCCUCACCCGCGUGGAUGCUCGAAGAGAACGGUUCCGCGGCGACGACGGGAAAGAAAAGAAAAGAAAAUCAUUCCCGGAAAUGCACUCCAAUCCAAUCCUAUCCAACUUUUCCUGUAGAAUCCUCAUCCUCAUGCCCUCUCGUGUUGCCCCUCGCCCACCAUGAUCUUCAGAAUACACACCCAAAACACUGGCGAGUCAUCAUCCUCCCCUCUCCGUCAUUUCGCGUCGAUUCGCGUCCUAUGUGUCUCCGUCUCCGUCUCCUGUGCACGCUGCCCCGGUGGCAGUGUCGGUCUGUCUGUUUGUGGGGAUCAAGGUUAUUCUUGUCUUCAUCCGUUCCCGCGGACGAUCAUUCUUCACAUGCACAUUCAAUGCGGGUUCACAUACACACACACGCGACGCAGCUAUAUUAUGUAGCCGUCGGGGAGCCGAUCGCCCCGACAGCGCCCGUGAAGCAGAGACCCACCUUCAUCGUGGGAUGCCUUGUCUUGCCUUGCCUGCCUGCCGAUCGGGCCGGCGGUGAGAGACCUACCUGGAGGGCAACGUUCCGACGGAAACCCGCCGCCCUGCAUUUGUGCAAUGACCUUGCUCACUCUGCAAUGAGCAGCGAGGAUUUGAUUCAAUGACCGUCUACUGAGGCCUCAGGCUGACUAGUUGGUUGGUUCAAUGCCUCAGGCACUAUUCGGU